CCACCCCCUCCAAAAUAAAAAAACUUCAUAAAACACUUUAACAAGCAAAAAGAUUGAAACUUUAUGCAAAAAUGGAUUAAGAGUUCCAAAGAAAUUGAAUUGCUAGUCAUCACUUUUAGCCCCACGCACCCUACCCCCACGUACCCACCCACCCCACUCCAAAAAUAAACUUCAUAAAAACACUUGAACAAGCCAAAAGAUUGAAGCUUUAUGUAAAAAUGGACUAAGAGUUCCAAAGAAAUUGAAUUGCUAGUCAUCACUUUUACCCCCCCGCCACACUACCCCAAAGUACCCACCCCCCCCUCCCCCACCCUCCAAAAAUAAACUUCAUAAAAACACUUGAACAAGCAAAAAGAUUGAAACUUUACACAAAAAUGAACCAAGAAAUGCAAAGAAAUUUAGUUAGUGGAACUGGUGGUUUUGAACCUAGAUAUUUUAGAGGUUUAAGUACCCCUUUUUCAUUUUCUUUAACAAGAUUAGCUUCUUGUUUCAAUCUUCAACAUCAAAGUUUUGAUUUUGAUGAUGAUGAUGGUGGGGUCUCUUAUGGGUAUUCAAGACCCAUUGUAGUUCUUGAUGUUAUAUGGAAUUUGGCAUUUGUUGUUGUUUCUUGUUUUGUGUUAUUGACUACUAUUGCAGAAAAGCCUUCUACUCCAUUGAGGCUUUGGAUUGGCGGUUAUGCACUUCAGUGUCUCUUGCAUGUUGGUUUUAUUUGGGUUGAGUUUCAAAGGAGGAGUUUUGAUGAUUUUGAUGAUGUGAAUUUUGAUGGGGUUUCUCCUUUUUCAUUGUUUCAUAGCAGCAUCAUGAAGAGGCUGGAAUCAGUCAAUACGGUGAUUUCAUCAAUCUGGUGGGUGUUUGGCUUUUACUGGAUUGUCAUGGGUGGCCAGGCUCUUCUGCAAGAUUCACCUCGUCUUUACUGGUUAUCAGUUGUUUUCCUAGCAUUUGAUGUGUUCUUUAUGAUCUUUUGCAUUGCGAUGGCAUGUGUAGUCUUCUUCGCGCUCUUUUGUUUCUUUCCAUUUAUCACAACAGUUGCAUAUUGCAUGAGACUUGGAGAUGGAGCAUCUGAAAGUGAUAUCAAGACUCUUCCCAAGUAUAGAUAUGGUCAACCUAAUACUUCAGAGAACCUUGUAAACAUGAAGACGGGAGAAGAUCACUUAAUAUCACAGUUCAACAGUAUUGACUCUGUACCUGAGCUUGCUCUUCAACCAGAUGAUUCUGAGUGUUGCAUCUGCCUCUAUAAAUAUGUGGAUGGGGUAGAACUUUGUGUUCUUCCAUGCAAUCAUCAUUUCCACCAUGGAUGCAUUAGCAAAUGGCUAAGGAUCAACGCGACCUGUCCCCUCUGCAAGUUCAAUAUUCUUAGGGGUGACACUCUAGUCUGACUAUUUGUCUGUCAGAGAGUUGAGACUAUACUGAGAAAUGUAAUUUUCCAUGGCCUACUCUGAUCUUUUGGCAAAAUGUAUGUAAAAUUAGCCAUAUUUAAUGAGUAUCUCACCCUUACUGUCUUCUUGCCA